UGUGUGCUCAACGUGUCGGGCAUGACCUGCGCCUCGUGUGUGGCCAACAUUGAGCGCAAUUUAGGCAAAGUGGAGGGCAUUCACGGCGUUUUGGUGGCCCUCUUGAGCCAAAAGGCGGAGAUCAGAUACGACGCCGCAUACGUUAUGCCGCAACAGAUCGCCAACUUUGUCACCGAACUCGGCUACCCGUCGACUGUCAUCGAAUCGCAUCAGACCGCCGACGGAGAGAUCGAUCUCCGCAUCCAACGCAUGACCUGUUCCUCGUGUGUCUAUAAGAUCGAGUCAACGAUUGGCAAACUUCCCGGCGUUAAGAGUGCGGUCGUGUCGUUGUCUACAAAUAAGGGCCGCUUCGCGUUCGACGCCGAGGUGACGGGUCCGCGCACUAUAGUCGACGCCAUCAACGAUCUGGGCUUCGAGUGCUACCCAAUCACAGACCUCUCGAUGACGAACGCCUCGUAUUUGUCGCAGAAGGAAGAGGUGCGGAAGUGGCGCAACUCGUUCUUCUUCUCGUUGCUGUUCGGCGUGCCGUCGAUGAUAGUAAUGAUGUAUUUCAUGCAUAAGAUGCCAAUGAAACACGACGAAGAGCACGAUGUGAUCGAUCAGUGUUGCAUUCUUCCGGGUCUGUCGCCCGAAAACUUUUUCCUCUUCCUGUUGGCGACUCCCGUGCAGUUCAUUGGCGGCCGUUAUUUCUAUGUCCAGGCGUGGAAGGCUAUUAAGCACCGGAUGGCGAAUAUGGAUGUACUGAUAAUGUUGGCCACGAAUAUCGCGUACUUCUAUAGUGUGGCCAUUUUGUUUGAACGCAGACCACAGUCCGCGCACAUUUUUCGAGANCCAAUGAAACACGACGAAGAGCACGAUGUGAUCGAUCAGUGUUGCAUUCUUCCGGGUCUGUCGCCCGAAAACUUUUUCCUCUUCCUGUUGGCGACUCCCGUGCAGUUCAUUGGCGGCCGUUAUUUCUAUGUCCAGGCGUGGAAGGCUAUUAAGCACCGGAUGGCGAAUAUGGAUGUACUGAUAAUGUUGGCCACGAAUAUCGCGUACUUCUAUAGUGUGGCCAUUUUGUUGUAUUUCAUGGCAGUGAACGCAGACCACAGUCCGCGCACAUUCUUCGAGACGCCGCCAAUGCUUCUCAUAUUCAUAUCGUUGGGCCGAUGGCUCGAACACAUCGCCAAAGGCAAGACAUCCGAAGCGUUGGCCAAAUUGAUGUCACUUCAGGCCACGGAAGCGAUUCUUGUCAAAUGGAAUUCAGAUCUCAACCAAACCAUAACUGAGAGAUCAAUUGACGUCGAACUCGUCCAAAGAGGCGAUUAUCUCAAAGUCAUUCCCGGAGCCAAAAUACCAGUCGACGGACGGGUAGUUUACGGCCACUCUAUGGCCGACGAAAGUCUCAUAACCGGCGAAUCACUGCCAGUGGCCAAACGGGUCGGCUCUCUGGUCAUCGGCGGCUCUAUUAAUCAAAACGGAAUGCUUAUCGUCUGCGCGACACACGUGGGAAAGGAUACCACACUUUCGCAGAUCGUUAAGCUCGUAGAGGAGGCGCAGACAUCCAAAGCGCCGAUACAACAGUUGGCCGACAAGAUUGCCGGCUAUUUCGUGCCCGGAGUGAUGUUUGUGUCGAUGACAACACUCGUGGCGUGGAUUCUUGUCGGCUAUUACUACCACGAAGUGAUCCGUGCGUAUCAUAUGCACCAAUACAUCGACAUAUCCGACGACGAAGUGGUCUUUCAGUUCGCGUUUCAAUGCGCGCUCACAGUCUUGUCGAUCGCGUGUCCCUGUAGUCUGGGUUUAGCCACUCCUACGGCCGUAAUGGUGGGCACAGGUGUCGGAGCCGUCAUACCCUAUGAAAGCUAUUCUGCCCUUGGUAUUGAGUGCCGUGUGGCUAACACUGCCGAGCGUAUGUCUCCCUUACGAUAUUUGAGACAAUUGUUGGCAGUGAUCGGAACCGCUGAGAACAACUCAGAGCAUCCGAUCGCAAACGCCAUUUGUAAUUACGUGAAGAACGCGCUCGAAAUCGAUGUCUUUGGCACUUGCGAUGACUUUGUCUCAGUGCCUGGUUUUGGUCUCCAAUGUCUAGUCUCUAAUGUGGACUCUAUUAUCAAUUCUUCCGAUAAGAAUCUGAUGAACGAAAUAAAACUAAACACGAAUACAAACUAUGAUAACGGUCUGUACCUAGAUGACUACUCUGUUGUGCUUGUCUGCGGACAGACAGCGGUUUUGUGCUCUAUAAACGGAGAGCUCAAAUGUAUGAUAUCAGUGGCCGAUACCGUCAAACCGGAGGCACACUUAGCCGUCUAUUCGCUGAAGAAGAUGGGUCUCGAUGUCAUUCUACUGACAGGUGAUAAUAAGAAGACUGCGGCCGCCAUUGCCAAACAGGUGGGCAUCACUCGUGUCUUUGCCGAAGUGUUGCCAUCGCAUAAAACUGCGGCCGCCAUUGCCAAACAGGUGGGCAUCACUCGUGUCUUUGCCGAAGUGUUGCCAUCGCAUAAAGUGAAGAAAAUCCGAAAACUCCAGGAAAAGGGAAUCAAAGUGGCAAUGGUUGGCGACGGUGUGAACGACUCGCCCGCCUUAGCGCAGGCCAACAUCGGUAUCGCUAUCGCCAACGGAACCGAUGUGGCGGUGGAGGCGGCGGAUGUGGUACUCGUCAGAAACGAUUUGCUUGACGUCGUCGGAGCCAUUGAUUUGUCUCAUCGGACUGUCCGCCGAAUUCGACUCAAUUUCCUGUUCGCCAGUGUUUACAAUCUGUUGGGCAUUCCAAUGGCCGCCGGAGUGUUCCUUCCCUGGGGUAUAGUCUUGAAGCCAUGGAUGGGUUCGGCAGCGAUGGCCCUCUCGUCCGUAUCCGUAGUCUGUUCUUCGCUUCUCUUGAAAAUGUAUACAAAACCCACGAAAAGGACUCUUCAGACGCAGGAAUACCUGGACUUUGAGUUAAUGACCAGAGAUUUGCGAAAUAAUCCCGAUUUUGAUGACAUAUCUCUGCAUCGAGGCCUCGAAGACACGAACAUUCCUGAGCCCAAGGGAUCGUUAAUUAGUGCCAAUUUGAGUAAAGUGUUGAAUAUGAUGCCCGUCUCAUCCAAAACCAUCAUCAGAAACGACAAGAGCUCUCAACCACUGCUCGAUAGAAGCGAUAUCACAAGCUAUGAAAUGAAUCAAAUGAAGAAAGAGUUGUUUUCCAGCGCUUAA